AGACCGGGAGCAGCUGCUCAUCUCAUAGUAGGUUUACAUUCAGGCCUACAGCUGACUGACAGAUUCGGUCGAACCAAGGGCACGGUUUUGGGUCUUUGCGAAGAAACGAGCUUAUCUCUGGUUACGAAAUAUAGUAUUGAGAGUAUUUCGAAGGCAAAGGGGAUAUUUUGUAGCCGCCAGAGAGCAACUAUACGGAUUCGGUCGGCAGGCAGAUUGAGUUUAUUAGAAAUAGGCCUUCUUCCAGGUCUCUGCCUGGGCCUCACUGGACUGCUGUCUCCGGAGCCUGGUUGUCGCCGGGGGGUGCCGAGACAGUCAUAUACGUUGGCUGGAGCGAAGCAGGAUAUUGUGGAUCCUCGUAUAAACUGGACCCUGGACCUGGAAUAUAUCGAGUUGGGAGCAUGGAAAUCUUGGUGUACGGCGUCGAUUGGCUGCUCAGAAGUGUCGGACUCACCACCGGGCAAGAAACAUUCGACGUAGCGUCGGAGGACCAAUUAAUUGUGACUAUUUGUGGCGGAGGGAAUGGCGCCCACAUCAUGGCUGGACUGGCCGCCUCACGUCCAGGGAUCGAGGUCCGCGUCCUGACGCUCUACAGGGACGAGGCUGAGCAGUGGACCACGGCCAUGGCUGAAGGGAACUUCAGUGUCUUCAUAAAGGGAGGUGGAAUUCGGGGAGAAAAUGUAGAACUUACCGCGGACCCCUUUACCGUAUCCAAGGACCCGCGCGAAGUGAUCCCCGGGACUCACAUCAUCAUCUUCACGGUGCCCGCCUACUGCCACGAGGACUACUUCAAGGCGAUUGAGCCGUACAUUGGACCCGUAUCAACCAUCAUUGGCCUGCCUGGGGUCAAUGGGUUCGAGUUUCAGCUCCGGGGAAUCUUGAAGGAGAAAUCAGACCUGUGUACUGUGAUUGAUUUCGAGACCCUCCCGUGGGUGAGCCGGAUCAGGGAGUACGGAAGGGCGGUGGAUUUGUUGGCGACGCGGGAGACGAUAGACGGCGCUGUGCACCUGCCCCGCAAGCCGUCUGCUUUCCAUCACAAUCACCUGGCAUCAUUCCAAUACAUGCUGGGCGACAACCCUGAGCUCGAGAUCAAAGGUCACCUCCUCGCCGUCACCUUGAUGGCGCCAAACGCAAUUGCCCAGCCCACGAUCAUGUACGGCCAAUGGCGGGACUGGGAAGGGGUCCCUGUGGAGGAAUCACCGCUGUUUUUCCACGGGGUCUCCACCGCGACCGUUGAACUCCUCUCGCACGUCAGUGAGGAAGUUGUCAGCAUCAGCAGAGAGAUCAUGGCCCAGUCUCCAAAAACAGACCUCAGCAGCGUGAAGCACAUCUACAACUGGUACCUGGCGACGUUUCAGAAUGACAUAUUGGAUAAGACAAACCUGAUGACGGCUUUGAAGACGAACAAGGCAUAUGAUGGUCUGAGACAUCCUUGCCUUAAAACGGCUGAGGGCAAAUACAUGCCAAAUUUUCAACACCGCUACCUCCGUGAGGACAUCCCAUUUGGAAUGGCCGUCGUAAAAGGCAUCGCAGACAUAGUCGGAGUGGAGACGCCAUCUAUGGACAAGGUCUUGUACUGGGCACAACAGAGUCUCGGGAAGGAAUUCGUCGUAAACGGGAGGCUCGUUGGUAGGGAUGUGCGCGAGACGAGAGCACCGCAGAGGUACGGCCUCACGUCACUGAGAGAAAUACUCAAGGAAAAUGUGACAAAUUGACAACCAACAUGAGAAAAAUCGAAUAUACCGGUGUACAUUUAGCAAUGACUUUGCCGCUCGGGGUGUUGCCACCGACAACGGCAUUUUAAUAGACCUGUUGAUAGCCCCCCUCGAAAAUCAUUAGGUUCGAUACUCUUGCUCAUCCUCAUCCUCUGAAUGGACUUUACCGAGAUUCCUCCAUCUGGUGUCUCUACCAGGGCACGCAGAUUCCAAAUCUAGGUUGACAGCAACUUGAGACGGACUCCUCUUUGGCCGUAGCGGAGCCACUUUAGGUCAAUAAUCCCAACUGGUGCACAGCGAACGCUCAUCAGUGGUGAAUGAAAGAGAAUAGUCUCUACUGCCAUGCACCAUAAUUUGAAAUGUCUCCUUAAAUAAAAAUGUCAAAUUGAAAAACAAAGCUCGGUGGUGUUUAUAUUUAUAGUGACAUUGUUUAUUUAUUAGGUCUAUUGCUAAGGCUGUUCGUUAUGUAACAUACAAUGUACAUGUAACAUGCAUACUUUAUUACUUCUGUGUUUUACUUGUGAGCUACAUAGGUUUAUAAGCUGAUACGACAUAAA